CAAUACAAGAAGCACUGAGACUAAAGUAGUGGGCUGGUUUUUUAACAAAUAUGUGUCAUGUCUGAAUUGGUGACCUAGCAGUGAUUUCAUCCAUAAUAUUUAUUAUAAACAUAGUUAUUUCUGUUUAUUCGUUGCAUGUUUUUACUUAAAUCCUGUGAUAUAUUUUAUUUUUGAGUUGUAUGUAAUCUCCGUCCAACAAACAUGUGGAAGCUAAGAGAAAUCCAAGAGAAAGUAACAAAUGUUGUUAUGAACUAUACUGAAGUGGAAGCUAAAGUUCGUGAAGCAACUAAUGAUGAUGCUUGGGGUCCAACUGGGCAAUUGAUGCAAGAGGUAGCUCAAAGUACUUUUACAUAUGAACAUUUUCCAGAAGUAAUGGGUAUGUUAUGGAAAAGAAUGCUUCAUGACAAAAGGAAUUGGCGAAGAAUAUAUAAGUCUUUACUAUUGCUGGGUUAUUUAGUUCGAAAUGGUUCUGAGAGAGUUGUCACAAGUGCCCGGGAACAUAUUUAUGAUUUACGUAGUCUUGAAAAUUAUAGUCACAUUGACGAAUUUGGAAGAGAUCAGGGUAUUAAUGUUCGACAAAGAGUGAGAGAUUUAAUUGAAUUCAUCCAGGACGAUGAAAAAUUACGAGAAGAAAGAAAAAAAGCUAAGAAAGCUAAGGAUAAAUAUAUUGGAAUGUCAUCAGAUUCAAUGGGUUUUAGUGGCAAAUUUGGUGGAAGUGGAAGUCAAUUUGAUCGUUCUGGUAAUGAUUUAGAAGAUUCCUUUAAAUCUAGAUUGCCUAGAUUUGACAUGUCAAGAAGUCGGAGCUUUGAGGAUUCCCCUGAGCAAAGCAAUGAUGAAGAUCGCAGAUCUGAAAAUGAUGAUCGACUAGAGUAUAAAGAUGAAGAUGCUGAAAUACAUGAUGCAAAAUCUUCUAAAGCAAGCAGGGUAACUGACAAUAAAAACAGUUCCAAGGGUAAUCGUAAAAUUGAUUUGGGUGCUGCAGCUAAUUUUGGGAAAGAUCAAAAUUCUUCUAAUUCGUCACCUGAAAAGCCACUUAAUUUGAUAGAUACAUCUCCUAAGAAAGAAGUUAAAAAUGAAAUCGAUCUUUUAGCUGAUCUGUCUAUUUCUUCACCUAAUAAUAAUGUUACAGAUUCAGCAAAUGGAGAUUUUGCAGAUUUUACUAGUUUUAAAAGUGCCGAAGACUCCAAGCUAGAUAAUUUUGCUGACUUCUCUACUUUCACAUCAGCUGCUACCACAGCUAGUUCUACUUCUGGUACUGACUCUCUUAGUUUCCUUGAUUCGAACAUUGGCUCUUCACAGCCAGUUUUCCAAUCUUUGCCUUCAGGUCUUCCACCUCUGCAACCAGUUGGUGCUGUAACUCCACUGUCUCCUACAUUUAGUGCCUCACCUUCUCCAAUGGUUUCUCCUGUUGGAAAUGUUUAUCAACCUGUCAUGGGCACACCUGUGGGUGUUGUGCCUCCUAUGUCAGCUGUUCCACUUUCUGCUAGAGUACCAGCACCAGUUUUGAUGCAGACACCAGUUGGAGCUGCAAAUGUUGUAUAUCCUGUAACUUUUGUAGGCAAUGGGUUGUAUUCUCAACCUUCUUCUCUACCUGUUAUGUCUCCUACUUCAACUACAAAUACACAUUCCUCAUUGCAAGAUUUCAGAACCUCAAGAAAUACUUGGAGUGAUGCAGUAGGUACUGUGAAUAUUAAUGUUGAUAAUUUAACUCCUGCCAGUAAAUAUGAUAAACAGCCAGCACCUAGUAUGAAUCAACUUGCCGGAGUGAAUAUGAAUGCAAUGAAUAUGAAUAACCUUUCCAUGAGCAUGCAACAGAUGUCCCUCAACCAACCAAUUCUAGGUCCAGGUUCCUUGCCACCUCCAGUAAGUCCUGUUACAUCGAAUAUUAUGGGUGGUAUGAUGUCACCACCUGGUGGACCUUUUCAGCAUCCUGUAUUUAGCAGUCCAGGAAAUUUAGGAAUAAAAUAAUUAAAACCAUGUCAAAAAUAAGCUUCUCACAUGUGUAAAACACCAUUUUACUGAAAUCUCAUGGUUUGAUGAAAUGAAAGUUUCAUGACAAAAGCAAAACUGUAUAACAAAGUAAGAUUCAAGAAAUGUUAUCAGUUUUACAUAAUUCCUACAUGGGAUGGAAGGAAUUCAAACUAUGCUUUUAAGGGAAGCUUAGGGUUAAAGGUACAUUAAAGAAACAUGCAACAUUUGGGAGCUUCUUUGAAGCCUUUUUUUUAGGUCACAUUGUGUUACUAUAAUGAAUUUGCAAUUCUGUUUGUUUAUCGUAUAUUGCUAUACUAGAUAUGCAAGUUAAUUUGUAUCUGCAUAGUUAUUUGAUAAAUUUUUCAUAUUGUUAUUCGGAAGCAGCAAAGGAAAGUGAUGAAAUAUUUACUUGAUAUUUUGUUACUGUACGAACAAUGAACUAUAUAUUUUUGUUUUCUUUGUAUUGUUUUACAUCUUAAACAUAUGUAUUCUAAUUAUUAUCUAAAAAGAAAAAAAUUUAAAAUUAUUUAUGAAAGAAAAUGUAUGCUUUAUGUAGGAUCCUAUGAAAUGUGAAUGCACAUUAUUUCUUGAUUUUUAAAUAGUAAAAAUCAUUUUAACUUGUGUCACAAUUUUCUUGUAUUUUAAAAUUUAUCAUAUAUAUAUAGAUUAAAUUGUUUUUCAGUAAAUAGUUUAAGAUGUAAAAAAUUUGCAGGAAAUUUUAUUUUGAUUAGAAUUUUAUACAUGCUUUAUAAUGUACUUCCAUUUUUUUAUCAUUCAUCUGUAAAGUUAUCAUAUUUACUAAAGCAACCAUUCCUGUGUAAUGUAGAAAAUAUUGAGCUUGUAUGAAUUCUGUAUGAUAAAAAUUAUGAUAUGUAAUUGAAAAAAAAUGUGUUGAAUGUGAUAUUCUGUUGUGUUUUGUAAUUAAUUUCAAGAUUUGCUCAAUUUCUCCUGAAAGGUAACAAUCAUUAGAUCAGGAAAUGAGUGACCUGAUAAUUAUAUACAUUAAUUAAUUAUCAAUAUUCUUUUGUAUCAUUUGAAGUUUCAUCAGUAAUUGGUUUAUAUUUAGGCAUGUAUACUUUCUUCACAUUAGAUUUUAAAUUGCAUCUGAAAUUUUUAUGAAAAUAUUAUGAAAUAUCAUCAGUGGCACAUUUUUUAUGUGUUGGCUUUUAAUUUUGCUUGAUAUGUUGUAUGAAAUGUUAGAUAAGAAUGUAACUAUGCAAUAUCCUAUCAGUCAUUUUGCCAGUUUCUUUAGUUAAAAACGAAAUAGCCAUUUCAGUUUUUGCAAUUAUUUGACCGUGUAAAAUUGCAGAUUUACGUAUUUGACUGAUCUGAGACUGUUUAUUUUAGUUAUUAGUAAAUUAUUAAUGUUUCUACUUAUCAUAAUGGUUGUUUCUUUUGUUAAAUUUGUUUUCUUUGUGUAAUACUACUGUAGUUAUAGAUUUUAUUAAGACUAUUAUUAUGCAAGCGUUAAAGUUGUUUAUUAUUUUUUUUUAAUUGGUUAAGUGGGUACUUUUCUGAAAUAUAUAAAAAAUGAUUGUAUAGAAAUAUGUACAUAAAUUGUUAUUGUUCAAAAUUAUUUUGUUAGGAUGGACAUUAUAUAUAUACCCAAAUUUAUUUCUGUGCUUGGAUGUUUUUACUACAGAUGAAGUUUGUUUCCUUAUCUGUACUUUCAUUCUUUAUUAGUGCUAUUACACAAUAAAAGAGAAAGUUAUUUUCAA